UUGAAACAAAGUUGCAAUUCCAUUACCUGCAACAAAGCGCAAGCUUAUGGGCGCGAAAGCGUCAAAAGGUACGAAGGCGCCGUAUGCUGGAGUGCAAGCAGAGGCACCCGCAGUGGCUGUCGGCGACCACUUAACCAUGGAGUCUGUUCCGGAGGAGAAUGUGGAUCCCAGCACAAGUCAAGAGGCAGAUGUGCUGGAACUGACAGCACACAGAGGGAAACAGACAAUAGAAUCGGUGACAAUCGACGGGAGUUACACUAUCGUAUCAGCUACUGUGGCAGGUGCGCGUGAGCUGACAACACGCGUAAUAAGAGGGAAACAGGGCAUUGAAUCGGCCGUAAUGGACGGCAGUGACGUUCUAGCUGCAUGGACUGAGGCAGGUGCACUGGAACUGGCUGCACAAACUACCAGAGGAAGACAUGUGAUACAAUCGUGCAUAGAUGCCGGAAGAGCCGACUUUUCUGCAAAAGUGAACGAUGCCAAAAGGGAAAUCAGAAAAUUAAAGACAAAGAAGGAUGACAAGCAUUACUAUUUAAAAUGUAAAGGUAAGCAGGCAAACAUUUAAUAUAUAUACAUACACCUUACCGUUUACACUUAAAACUGUUGAAACCAUCGUAUAUUAAAUUGAAGCCACAUUUAUUGUUUUAAAGUGACAAACUUUUACCAUACGAGGGUCGUCCCAAAAGUCCGUGAAAUUUCAGUGAACGCCACAAGUAUAACGUAAUUAUUACGACAUGAUUUCGCCAUAGCGUAGUGGAUGUGGUGUCCGCCUAGCGACUGGAACGUCACUGGUUCAAUCUCUUUGGGAGCAUUCAUUGGGUCUUCCUUAAGAGACCAUGUACGGUUUGUACUCAGGAAACGGACAUGAGAGCGUUUCAAUAGACCUUCGGCUUUUUGUGAACUCGGUCUUAAAUACACUGUAAAAAUGUACACUCACAUUAUUACACAUUUUAUUGAACUCAAGUCUUAGCUGAAAUCAGAACCACUAAUGAUUACAAUGGAAUACACUAUCCCGGCGUAAAUUAAAGUAUUCAAUCAUAGAUUUGAAUGAACUCAAAUAUUAUUCAUAUUUUAAUUCACUAAAGUUUACUGCUCAAUAUCUUGUAAUAGUUGUCUUUUAUUAUUCUG